AUCCAUGCUUUGUAUUAUAGCAAAGUUCUAAUGGCCCAGUGAAGAAGUCUAUGCGAGAGAAGGCUGUGGAACGCAGGAAUAUUAAUAAAGAGCACAACAGUAACUUUAAAGCAGGAUACAUUCCAAUUGAUGAAGACCGUCUCCAUAAGACAGGCUUACGUGGCAGGAAAGGCAACUUGGCCAUUUGUGUGAUUGUUCUUCUUUUUAUUUUGGCUGUCAUCAAUCUGAUUAUUACACUAGUUAUCUGGGCAGUGAUUCGAAUCGGUCCCAAUGGUUGCGACAGUAUGGAAUUCCAUGAGAGUGGCUUGUUGCGCUUUAAGCAAGUUUCUGACAUGGGUGUUAUACAUCCAUUAUAUAAAAGCACUGUAGGAGGCAGACGUAAUGAAGAUUUGGUGAUCACUGGAAAUAAUCAGCCUAUUGUAUUUCAGCAAGGAACAACCAAGCUUAGUGUGGAAAAAGACAAAACUUCUAUUACCAGCGACAUUGGCAUGGAAUUUGUUGACCCACGGACACAAAAUACCUUGUUUAGCACAGACUAUGAAACUCAUGAGUUUCAUCUGCCAAAUGGAGUUAAAAUCUUAAAUGUACAAAAGGCCUCUACAGAGAGGAUUACCAGCAAUGCAACCAGUGAUCUAAACAUAAAGGUCGAUGGCCGUGCUAUUGUCCGUGGAAAUGAAGGUGUUUUCAUCACAGGCAAGACCAUUGAGUUUCGAAUGGGGGGUAACAUGGAACUUAAAGCAGAAAACAGUAUUAUCCUGAACGGAACUGUGAUGGUCAGCCCAUCGCGACUGCCAAGUUCCUCUUACGGGGAACAGUUUAAUAAUGGCAACUGGUUGCGUUUCAAGCUCUGUAUGUGUGCGGAUGGGACACUGUUCAAGGUUCAGGUGACAGGUUAUAACAUGGGUUGUCAGACUUCUGUCAAUCCGUGUGGAGCCACGCACUAAAACACAAACCACUACUGGGAGAGUUCUCUUUUGCAUUUACAUAUAUUUGUAUGGAGUAAUUGCAUGCCUUUGAGGAUUUCUGGUUUUGCAGCAGUUUAUACUAAUAUUUAUUACAUAAUAUUUUUAAGCAAAGGUCAUUACAUUCAGCCGUAUUAUGUCAUCAUCCCGUUAUAGUGGCACUGUAAUAGUGGUACUGAUUUAGGAAGCUUUCCGUCGACAUACAUACUGAAGUACCUUCCCAAAUUGUGAUUGGUAGAAGACAUUUAAAGAGCGUGAUCUUAGCAAUCAUCUUGACUCCCUUCAGCUGCCUUUAGAGGAGGUGUUUGUCCUACAUCCCAAGACCUCAAGGGCUGCUGAGAACACAGCUGUGAUCUGAAGUACUUCAACAGGAAUGUCGAUUUGUUGUUGGAAGUGGAUUUGCCUAGGAUGCCUGAAGUGGCAGAUUUUUGUCUUCUUUUCUUGCAAAGGCUGGCAUAAUGAUUUUCCCCCAAAUUAUGUGGUUUAUAUCAUAUGUGUACUAAGAGAGGGGUAAUGGCAGAUUCACUUUAAAAUACUGCAUUAAUUCUGUCAUAUAUUCUCAUGUAGUUAAAAAAAAAAAUUAUGCUAGCAUACAUAGUAUUUGCAAAGUAACAUCAAGUGUGGAAAUGUAACUUCAAUUUUGAAAUAUUCCUGCGAUUCCUGAAGUGUUGCUUGAGCUCAUUCUGUGCUGUUUAGGCAUUCUACAACUGCAUAAUUUAUGUGAAGUAUUUAUAAAACAUGUUUAUAUUAGAAGUACAUUUUUAAAGAUGUAUUUACAACUUGCUCACUACCCAAAAAAACUUUUUCUGGGUGCUUUAAUGUGAUCUGUGUAUGAAUCUAUUAUUCAACAGGUAAUAAUCUAAAGCAUGACUCUUACAGCAGGGUCUCAGAUCAGAUCUCUUUUUCCCCAUAAACAUCAGUACUGAUGCAUUACUGAGAACCUCAGAAUUAAAUUCUGAAGUUAACCUGCAGCUCUGUAAAUCUAAAUGUGAUGGUAUGGGAUCCUAUGACAGCAGAGUAAAUACUUGUGUAUCUGAAUUUACCAGUGGUGAAACUGUGUCUAUGCUAAACAGGGGCCUUACAAAACUGUUAAGGCUUUGUAACUGCUUUUGCAGAGGUAAGGUGUUCUGUACUAAAAAUAGACCAGCUCAGUCUAAGUUUCCUCUUUUCACCACCCCAUAUAUUUCUUCAGUUUAAAAUAGUUAUGUUUUGCAGUAGCAUCAAGUAACCUUAAUGACAAAGACACAAAGGUGACUGCAAGUAGCUUUUUGACAAGUUUUUCUAAAUAAGCACACACUUCUCUUCCUAAAAGUUGUGCAAAUGUUACACAUUAACUCCAGAACUGGUCAUUUGUUGUGGCAAGAUAAACUUAUCUAUCCUUAUUCUAUAGCUCUCAAAGUACAUAGAAUUCCACAAAAUACAAAUCAGCUCCUGCUGCAACAAGAACUUCAUAUGUAAGGUCCCACUUCCUGUGCUUACUAGAAGUCAGUAAGUCCUCAUGCAGGAUCUGUAGGGGUGGAAGUGAUUUCUAGAGGUCAGGCAUUACACCACAUGGGAAGUCAGUGGGGUCACAUUUUCCUCAUUGCUCAGACAGAGCCAGAUUUUGAUGCUCAGUAGUUGCUGGGGUUUUGGGGGGUGGACAGCAGUAGAGCUGUUCUAACAGCAACAGAAUAAACAGAAUAAA